GUGAACCAAUAAAUUUUUGGAAAAAAAAUUUUUUUGUUUAAAAAUCUAAAAAUAUUUUAAUUUAAAAAAAGUGUUAAAUUAAAACUAAAUAAAAAUGUCGAAUUUAGCAUUUUUAUGUCUGGCAACUCUGUGCUGCAGCAUGUUCUUCUUUUCAAAUACUAAAGCGGCCUCAACAUUUCCCGCCGAUAUACCCCGUUGUCAUACGGGUGAUACCGAUUGUGUGGUGCGUACCUCUGUAAAUUUAAUACGAAAACAUGCACGCACAGGUUAUCCCUCAGCAGCGUUUCCACCCAUUGAACCAUUCCAUUUGAAAGAACUCGAUAUAUCAGAUGGUCGUGGUGGUUCGUUAAAUUUAAAAUUAAAUUUCCGCGAUGUUGAUGUUGCGGGUCUGUCUGGUGUGAAUUUCGAUCGAGCUGUUGGUUUUGGAGCGGAUCCUGCUACUUCCAAAUUUGAAAUGUAUGGCAUUUUACCAAAGAUCACUAUACGCGGCAAAUACACUGCCGAUGGACGCAUUUUAAUUUUACCCAUACGCGGUGAUGGUAAUGCCGAUAUUACACUAGAAAACUCCAAAUUCUCGGUUAAAUUCAAGCCCUCCUUACAUCCCAAAAAUGGCAAAACUUUCUUAAUGGUUGACAAAUUGAAGGUCUUGAUUGAACCACAAAAAAUGAUCAUUCAAUUGACCAACUUAUUUAAUGGUGAUCAAGCCUUGGGUGCUCAUAUGAAUCAAUUCUUAAAUGAAAAUUGGUUUGAUGUCUGGACCGAAUUGCAACCCUCUAUACAUGUGGCCAUUGCUGACGUUAUGAAGAGCAUAUUAACGCCCAUUUUUAAGAAAUUCCCCUAUGAAGACAUGUAUGAAAAUUAAAUUUAUUCAUUUUAGUUUAUGUAAGGAACAAAAAACUGUGAAUUUUUUAAUUUUUUUUAUAUAAGUUAACAUUUGUGUGGUUUAGUAUUAGUUUUAAACAACAAUGAUUUUCAUUAUUAUUAAUAAUGUAUUUUUAUUAGCCGUUACGUUUAGUUUAAGAGACAAUUUAUAAUUUCCGUAUUUGCAAAAAAAAAAAAUUGCUAAAAAUCAAAAAAAUA